AAAACAUAACCCCUCAUUAUUUUUAUUUCAGCAUCAGAAGAAAUACCCAGACGAAUAUUUCAUCGUCAUCCGUCCCAAAUCUCUUCCCCACGGGAAAACAGUUCCCACGAGUUCCUAAAAUUCGAGAAAUCAAUUCCACAGGAAAACGAAGUUCCAUAAACGAGAAAAAAAAGAAAAAAGAAAAGCCCUUUCUUUGUUCUAUCUUUGAUGGGCUAGUUCUGAAACUACAGAAAGCCAUGAACAAGUCCCUGAAUUUCCUUCAGAAUCUCAUCAAGCCCUUCAAACUUCGUUCAAGCAAAGAGGGACAGAAUGAAGAAGACUUGGAGAAGAUUGCUCAGCAGGAACAGAAGUUGUUUCCCUUUGAGACCUUAGUUGCUGCAACCAAAGAUUUUCACCCAACUCACAAGCUCGGCGAAGGCGGCUUUGGACCCGUUUUCAAGGGGAAGUUGGAAGAUGGGAGAGAGAUUGCGGUGAAGAAGCUCUCACACAGCUCGAAUCAAGGGAAGAAAGAGUUUAUGAAUGAGGCUAAGUUGUUGGCACGCGUUCAACACCGAAAUGUUGUGAAUUUGUUGGGGUAUUGUGUCCAUGGUGUGGAGAAGCUACUUGUUUAUGAGUAUGUCUCCAAUGAGAGCCUUGACAAGCUUCUAUUCAAAUCGAAUAGAAGAGAGGAACUUGACUGGAAGCGGAGGUAUGACAUAAUUGUGGGCAUUGCACGGGGCUUGCUUUACCUUCAUGAAGACUCACACAAUUGCAUUAUCCACCGGGAUAUCAAAGCCAGCAAUAUUUUACUCGAUGAUAAGUGGGUUCCCAAGAUUGCUGAUUUUGGCAUGGCCCGUCUCUUCCCAGAAGAUCAAACACAUGUCAACACCCGUGUGGCUGGCACCAAUGGAUAUAUGGCGCCGGAGUAUGUCAUGCAUGGACAUCUAUCAGUGAAGGCUGACGUGUUCAGUUUUGGGGUUUUGGUUUUGGAGCUUAUCAGCAGUCAGAGGAACUCAUCAUUCAAUUUACAGGUUGAUGCACAGAAUCUAAUUGAUUGGGCAUACAAGCUUUACAAGAAGGACAGGAGCUUGGAGAUAAUGGAUCCCACGUUGGCAUCGUCAGCAGCCACAGACCAAGUAAAGAUGUGCAUUCAAAUAGGACUGCUAUGCACGCAAGGUGACCCGCAACUACGACCCGUCAUGAGACGUGUGGUGGUUAUGCUAUCAAAGAAACAUGGGACCUUGGAAGAACCGACUCGGCCCGGAGUACCCGGAUCUCGUUAUCGAAGAUCUCGCCGGCCUCCAGGACUUUCCACCACCAGUGGACCUUCCGGCGACUCAGAAUCCCAGACUUUUGAGUCCACCUCCCAUAGGACCAAUACCACCAGUGCAACUGCGAGCACUUCAUCCCCAGCAUUAGACCCUCGUGGGAAACGUCCCAUGCUGAGUUAGCCCCCCAUUCUUAAUAGGAGAUUUUUGUUUAUUCUUUGUGCAUUAUAGAGAUAUGUAUUUUUUUUCUUUUCUUUUUUGUUUUGUUUAUAUGUGUAUAUCUUAUUGUUGGAAAUUUAAUUAAUAAAUAUAAUGAAAGCAAGCCUCAAGCUUGACAGGUCUGAA